UACAGUUUCCGUUUCCGUUUCUGUUUCAGCUGUGUGUCAUUUAAUUUGAUGGUGGGUUUGUUUCAAGCUUAAGAGUUCACCUAUUUUUGCGUCGACUUUGUACGGUCGUUUGAAGGUUUGUGGAUUUUUAGGAUUUCAUGUCACAAAUUCCUAUUCAAUUUUGUUUUGCAGUAUGGAGGGCCUUUUUCUGAAACGCUAUCACACCGCUAGUUGUAAUAGGAAUUACUUAUCGUUACUUUCUGUUUCUGGGGAAGACUGGUCUGUGUGUGAAAAUGAUGAACCUAUCAUGCUUCCUUUCGCUAGAAAUUCUAUUAUUGAUGGUAGUAGUUGUGGUGGGUUGAUGUAUUUUGACAACUUUAGGGGUAGGAUUAUAAUUUGCAAUCCAACUACCAAAACUUUCGAACCCCUUGAUCCGCCCAAGUUCCCACGCCCUCCUAUUAUGAUCAUUUUCUGUGGUAGUGGAUUUGGAUACGACCCUAUAUCGGAUGAUUAUAAGGUUGUACGACAUUACUAUCAUAGUUACUUCAGUUGUAUAAAGAACUCGGGUCGUGAUCCAAAGCAUGUAGUUGAGGUAUUUUCGCUGAAACAUGGUUUUUGGAAGGAGAUUCAGGGCCCCGUUGUGGAUGAUGAUGAUGGGAGAUGUCUCGUUUCUACAACAUGUAUGACUGGCAUUUAUGUUGAUGGGGUUUGUUAUUGGACAUCAUGUAUAUGUGUUAUAUCAUUCGAUUGUACGGAUGAACGAUUCUCCUCCUUUGAUUUACCAAUGAAGAAGAAUCAGGACGGAGAUUUCUUGCAUUAUCUUAUCAAAGUUAAUGGCGUGCUGGGUGUUUUUCGCUAUGAGAGGCCUCCACCAUUUGGUCCCGAGUAUGUUGAAUUCUCUACCACUUUUGAGCUUCUGGUAAGGGAAGAAAGCUCAUGGGUUCCUUGGUGUAAUGUUGAUCUGUCGAAUGCUGUGAGGAGGCCGCUGUUGCUGUUCAAUGAAGGUCAAUUCUUGUUUCUUGAGAAACAAGUUAGUGAGCAUAUCUAUCAACUAGUCGUCUAUGAUUUCAAAGCAAACAAGUUGGAGGAACUAGAUGUAUAUGAUUAUCCUGAAAUGAUGACGAUCAUGCCUCACGUUGAGACCAGAUUUCGACUACGGUUUCCAAAACCAAUGGAUGGAUCCUACAGUAAGGAUGAGGAGAAGGAGGAGAACAAUGACCGGAUAUUGGAGUGGAGGAGGAAGAGGGGGAUGAGGAUCAGGAGGAUAAAGAGGAAGACAAAGAUCAUGAUGAAGAUUCGCCCCAAGUGGUGGAUAAUGUUGAAGAACUAUGUGAAGAGGGAGAUCAGGGCUGAUUCAAUGCACGAUGAUUGAAGUUAUUUUAGAAUAAUUUGCUUAGAAUGCAAUUUUAGUGUUUUGGUACUGUGGGCUUUUGCAAUCUGAGCUUUUUCAUGCAAAAAUGGGUGAAAAAGGAAGUUUCUUGAUGUGGGAUUUGACUACAAAUGUGUGUAAUCUUACUUAUUUUGAUGUGCAUGUGUUGAUUCAAGAAAUUGGGCACUUGAUCUCCUUGCUUUUUGAUCUGGUGAUUUCAUGUAUGGCGUUGAUUUCUAGUGUUUCUGUACACUUCUGUUUUCA